AUUUACCAGCUAGUGAUAGCGGAUAGAGGUGGUGCUGCUUCCUGCCGUCUGGACCAGAGAAACGGCGCAAGAUGCACAUAUGAAAGGAACAAAAAAUAAUAAUUGAAAGCGAAAUCCAGCGGGUUAUCAUGUAGCUUUUAUUUGCAUUUAUAACCAAAUAUAAUCAGCUCCAGGAUGCUUUAAGGCCAUCGGGUUGGAUGCAAGAUUGUAUAUAAUAAGAGCAAGCAGUGAUACAGCAUCUUCAAAGAAAGCAUCAUCAUCACCAUCAUCUAUCCGGCCAUCAGAUCAAAAUGGCUGACAAGAGUGACCUAAAAGCUGAGCUGGAGCGCAAGAAACAGCGUCUAGCUCAAAUCAGGGAGGAGAAAAAAAGAAAAGAGGAGGAGAAAAAGAAAAAAGAGUCGGAAACACAACAGAAGGCAGAAGCUGCUCCUGAGGAUUCAGAUUUGGACCGUAAGCGCAGAGAGACUGAGGCGCUGCUUCAGAGUAUUGGAAUCUCCCCUGAACCACCAUUAGUCCCAACACAAAUGUCUCCGUCGAAAUCAAUGAGCACACCGAGUGAGACCGGGAGUCAGGACUCAGUGGAAGGAGGCACUGUGGGCAGAUAUAGGACCCUGCAGUGGGACACUGACCCUUCUGUUCUCCAGCUGCAGGCUGAUUCCGAGCUCGGCCGCCGGAUGCACAGACUGGGGGCAUCCAAGAUAACCCAGGUGGAUUUCUUGCCCAAAGAAGUGGUUUCCUACUCUAAAGAGACGCAAACUCCUGUAGCAGCACACCAGUCUGAAGAGGAUGAAGAGGAAGAUGAGGAUAAUACAGAACCCAAAGCAGGCUUGGAGUCCGAUCAGACGGAGGAUGAAGAAAGCAAGGAUACAAAAGAAGGCCACCCGCGAGAGCUGACGGAGGAGGAGAAGCAGCAGGUCCUGCACUCUGAAGAGUUUGUGAUCUUCUUUGACCGCAGUAUUCGUGUGAUGGAGCGAGCUCUUUCUGAAGACUCUAACAUCUUUUUCGAUUACAGUGGCCGAGACCUCGAGGAUAAAGAAGGAGACCUGCAGGGAGGGUCAAUUCUGUCCUUUAAUCGUCUGUUCUAUGAUGAGCACUGGUCUAAGCAUCGGGUCAUCACCUGUCUGGACUGGUCCCCUCAGUACCCAGAGCUGCUAGUGGCCUCUUAUAACAACAAUGAGGAUGCUCCUCAUGAGCCAGAUGGCGUGGCUUUAGUGUGGAAUAUGAAAUUUAAAAAAACCACGCCUGAGUACAUCUACCACUGCCAGUCUCCUGUGGUGUCCGUGGGCUUUGCCCGUUUUCAUCCUAAUCUGCUGGUGGGUGGCACGUACUCAGGGCAGAUCGUGCUCUGGGACAACCGCAGCCACAGGAGAACCCCGGUCCAGAGAACGCCGCUCUCUGCAGCUGCACAUACUCAUCCAGUGUACUGUGUGAAUGUGGUGGGAACCCAGAAUGCCAACAACUUGAUCACAGUGUCUACAGAUGGCCGGAUGUGCUCCUGGAGCCUGGAUAUGCUCUCGCAACCACAGGAAAGCAUGGAGUUAGUCUAUAACAAGUCAAAACCAGUAGCAGUGACUGGAAUGGCCUUUCCUGCUGGAGAUGUCAAUAAUUUUGUGGUGGGCAGUGAAGAGGGGACUGUGUACACAGCCUCAAGACAUGGCAGCAAAGCUGGGAUCUGUGAGAUGUUUGAGGGCCAUCAGGGACCAGUGACUGGCAUCAGUUGUCACAGUGCCAUGGGUCCAGUAGACUUCUCCCACCUGUUCGUCACCUCAUCAUUUGACUGGACAGUCAAACUCUGGAGCACAAAGCACAACAAGCCGCUGUACUCCUUUGAGGACAAUGCUGACUAUGUGUACGAUGUCAUGUGGUCUCCAGUGCAUCCCGCGCUCUUCGCUGCUGUGGACGGGAUGGGCCGUCUCGAUCUGUGGAACCUAAACAAUGACACUGAGGUGCCCACAGCCAGUGUGACAAUUGAGGGCGCUCCUGCUCUGAACCGUGUACGUUGGGCGUCAGGAGGCAAGGAGGUGGCGGUAGGAGACUCAGAGGGCCGGCUCUGGAUCUACGAUGUCGGAGAGCUGGCAUCGGCACACAGCGAGGACUGGACACGCUUCGCUCGCACGCUGGUUGAGAUCCGUGCCAACCGAGCUGACGGCGAGGAGGAAGGCCCUGUGGAAUUGCCGUCGUAGAAAAAAGUCUCCUCGGACCAUCACACUGAAACUGUCCUACAUUUAUGAUAAGUCCAGCACCAAUCCUUCACCUGCUGUUCACCUCGGCUCAGCUCACAAUAUUGUUAUUAUAGGAAACACAUAUUAGCAUCACCUCGCUUUGUAAUUUAAUUGUGCAAAGGUCUACUGUUUGCAUUCACUUCAUCAUUUCAUUAUUUAUAGUGUCUGGUUCACACCAAUCGAAGGUCUAGCAUAGCCGACUGAAGACGAAUAGAUUCUAUGCUGCUACAAGGGUUCAUAGUGAAGGCCAAAGAGAUUCCUUUGCACCCUGUGAUAUCCGCAAUGCUUGUGUUGUGUGUUGUAUGCGUGUGUGUCAUUUUUGUAUUUAUCUCCUGCAUGAAGUACAGUAAUGGAGUGUGUCUAUAAGCAAAUUUAUAAUUGAUCAAUAUGUAAGAGAGUUUUUUUUGUCAGUUGAUGACAGUGCGAUUCUCUCUGUCUGUCUGCCUCUCUCUCUCUCUCUUUCUUUCUCUCUUUCUCUCUCUCUCUCUCUUUUACACACACACACACCUUGCUGGUGGAGAACUCAGAGCCUAUUUCUAAGUGUGGGAUAUGUGCUCAAUGAUUACAGCUAAUGUCAUUCCCCAAGGUAAUAAACUAAACUGAUACAUGCUUUCAGCAGCA